ACAUGGUGCCAUAAGACCAUUUGAAUCAAUUGCUAUUAACAUUAUCAAGUUAGAUGCAAUAGGAUACAAUGGACACAAGUAUAUCCUUUAUAGUUACUAUCUUAUUACUAAGUUUAACUUUGUCUUUUCAAUUCCCAAUCGAGAGAAGGAAACCCUUCUAAAGGUGCUCAAAGUCCUAGACCGUAGACUUAAGCGAGAAUUCAAUAUCACAUGCACUUUUCUCCUCAUGGAUGGAGAGAGAGGGUAUGGCUUUGCAGCAGAGGACUCAAUAAUUGCUUAUUGCUAUGAAGAAGGUAUUCAGAUUCAAGUCCGCGCUCCAUAUACGCUAGAAUAGAACAGUCCUGCAGAAAGAUCUAGUAAAACUCUCAUUAAACGCUUAAGAUCAAUGAUGGUUACUACAAAAUUACCUAUCUAUCUUGCUCUAGAGGUUUAUAUUAUAGCUAGUUAUCUACUCAAUCGAACUCCAAAUAAAUCACUGCAAUGGGAUACUCUAUUUGAGAAAGUAUACAAUAAGAAGCCCUCACUAGCACACCUCCAUGUAUUCGGGUGUAAAGCAUUUCCUCUAAGGAACAUAAUACUAAGAUCUGACAAGCUUUCACCUCGAGCUCAUAUUGGCUAUCUGGUUAGAUAUGAUUCAACAAAUAUUUUCCGCAUUUGGAUCCCCAAAGCCUUAAGUAAGGGUCAUUAAGGGAAGGUGAUUCGCUCUUAUAAUAUGUUCUUUAAAGAAGAUUCUUUCUAUAGAGAU